CGUUCCGUUCGGUGCUCUGUAUAUUCUGAACCGCAUCUGAUAGGGACUAGAAUUUGCACGCAAAGCCGCGCUGGCGAGCUAAUUGGCCUCCAUGAGCACCGCAUCGCCCUCCGCGUUCUCGCUUUGGUCGAUCCUCGCCAUCCUUUUUCUCGUAUUCCUUGUGCACCACUUGUGGUGCUAUGACCGCUUCAAAUGUCUCCGCUGGUCCGCAGGUCGCCAGCCCGGGGCAUUCAAGCGCAUCAUGACCUAUUCCUAUCUAGGCGCUGUACCGCUGCUGUUGGUGUAUAGUAUUGGAAUGACGGUCAUCAAGGUCAGAGAAGGCUACGUUCUGGCUCCGGACGGCACUUUCAUCCCCAUGCCCAUCAAUGCGUACCGCGACGGCAACAGGAGCUGGGUUCUUCCCUUGCAGUUUGUCUUCAGCUUUGCCUGGGCAUUGGAAAUGGUCACGCACUUGGAGGAGCUCGCGUUCUGGUUGUAUCUUUUGCAUCAGAAUCCGAACAAGGAGGCGUGGUUCUCCAGUUGGGAGUAUCGUUUUUGGUACAUCGGGAGCAUAUGCGCGAUCGUUGGCAUGCCUCUUACCGCGCUGAUCACGCGGAACAACCUGGAGACUUGCGACGCGUACAUCUUCCUGGUAGGCUCUGCGGGAUCUACAUCGACGACAGUCAUGUUCCUCUACGUGCUCUGGCGCUUCCCUAUGUUCAUCAAACACGUCAAGGGUGAGGGCGCAGACCCGUCGGUGGUGGUGCGACUUGCGACGUUCUACCAGCUCAACCAAGUGCGAGUGGUGUUCCGUUUCCUGUUCACCAUCCCUCUGCUCAUUCUCGCACUCGACGGGAUUAUUGGGACGCAGCAUCCGAUUGACCGUGACCUGUUUGUCACGGACUUUCUGCAGAUGCUCGCCGGGCUAGGCUGCUUCGUCUCGUCGAUGAUCACGCUGCUCAUCUUCUUCCCCCGCUCGAUCGUCCGCGAGUCCGGAUACAAGCCGAAAGUGUCGAGCACGAUCCUACACUCGCCCAAGAGCUCCCCUGUCACGCCGCCUUCCCGCUCUGGGCCGUUCGCCGCUGAGGUGCCCGCGCACAUGAAUCUGCACCGCCUUCCCGCGCACAUGGUUGGGUACGCGAGCCCGAGCGCGUUCCGGAUGAGCACGACGGGGGUGACGGGCAUGACAGGGUACACGACGACAGGGUACGCGGACAGCGCGCACACGCAGAGCGUGUACUCGCCUCGGGAGUCGCUGCAGGACUCACGACAGUACGCGCAGUAUUCUCCGCCGCGGCCCGGGGAGGAAGGGGCGGACGUGCAGAGGUGGGGCACAAGAGUAUCGAGGUCGUCGAGGAGGGGCGUGAGCCGGCGGGCGAGCGUGUAUAGUGGGCGGAUGGACGCGCACCCGGAGAGGGGGUCCGACGGGGAGUACGAAGGGGAGGAUGAGCUGAGGAGGGGGGUAGAGGGGAAUGAACAGAGGGAUAGGGAGGACGAAGAGAGUGCCCCGCCUUAUUCGCAUGCCCAACUGAACGCGCACACGCAUGCACAUGCACGCUCACGGUCGCACCCGCAACCACACGGGCAAGGUGAUCAGCAGACACAGGCGCACCUUCACCUUCGGCUGCCGUUCGUACACUCCCAUUCAAAUCCACAAAUAGACCCCGCUGCACACCAGGGCCUCCCCGCACCGUUGGGCCUCGACGAGCCGCCCUCGCCACCUCGACCAGGACCUCCUCCAGCCAUCCAUGCUUCUUCGACUGACACGUCGACAGUUCCGCCCUCGCCUACAAAAGCGAAGCGACGCACCUGGGACUGGGAAGAACGGCGGGCCGCUCCGACGAGCCAAGUGCACGGGCGCCGCGAUAGCCUGCACAUCAUCGCGAACGGGCCCGGGGCGACGGCGGUGAACCUCGGACCGGGGGGUGCCAGAGUGGGCCUGGGCCUCGGUGUGAACGUAAACCUGGACCUGACGUCGGGAGGCGAUAGGAGCGGGAGGAGGAGAUCGAGCUUGCAUCCAUACGUCGUGAACUUCACAUCGCCAAUCGACCUUGUUGAUCUCCCCCCAACGCACCACGAUCUGCCGCGUGCGAUCUGAUCUUGCUGCUCCGGCUUUAUAGACGUCUUCGUGUCCAUGUGCAUGGGCACCCAUGGAGGGCAACGGAGCACAUGGCGUCCGGGUUGGGGAGCGGGAAGAAUCGCAUUUGACAAACGAGCCUGCGCUUGUGUCUCCGGAGACACAGCCACUACAUUCGAUUGUCGACAUCGCCGGCGCGCAUCACGAUCCGGUCUUUCGAUUGGGCUGGCAUACCCCGACGGUCGACGCUCUACAACAUCUCCAUCCAGCUACAUGCUGUUCCACAAGACCCAAGUCCAUAUCGAACUUCAGGGCUCAUCUUCCCUCGCCGAGCGAUUCUCCGACAACCCACUCUCAUCGCACGGAGCAACAUGAUAUGUCGUCGUACACUGCCCAUCCACCCACAUCCACAUCUCGCAUCGCAUCUUUGCUCCAUCUUGCAUCUGCAUCCGUAUCUGUAACUGCAUCAAGUCGCUGUCCCUAUGCCCCUUGGACAUCCAAACUUCUUUCCCGCCAUACCCGUCGUCAUCCCUCUAUGUUUAUUCGCGCAUGCCACCGCUCUGUUCUCAUCUGCUCGUCUGACCGCAUGCACAGGCUAUCUUGAACCCGGCCUGCUACGGCCUGUUGUGCUCGCACCAAAAGGCUUCCCACAUCUGUUGGAAGUGACCUUGCCCCGCCCCGUCAGCCACGCGCUCUCCCCUUACGACUACAUCACGACAUGGCAUGAUAUGUACUACUACUUCUCUAUAACCGCUGUGAGGCGAUGCGAGGGUGUUUGUUCUUUUGCGACGGUUGCCGUCCUUGGCUGUCAUACAUCCCUAUCCGCGCGCUUGUCUCCCUCCCGCACUGUCCCUCCCUUGAUUCGACCAUUGGUUGUUCCGCAGCCUCCGUGCUAUGUAUCUCCUUUGAACGUCUUUCUGCCCCGAGCUUGGAUCAUCAGACGUUCUGGACGCUCUUGUUUGCUCGACGCUUUGUCAUCC